UGUUUCAGUCAUUGGCUGCCCUAGAUGCUGCCCACUCUUUUGUAUAAGGAAUGCAGCUGUCAGCCUCACAAGCUCGUGUUCUCUGCUCCCUGAAUAAGUAGAAAUGGUCAGGAGGUCGCCCGUUGCCCUCUUUGUGGCCCUGUGGGCCAGCCAGCUGGGCCUGUGGGCAGCGGGGCGCUCCAAGGUGAACCCCAGGAUCAUCACAGCUCCACAAGGUGCGAAAGAGUAUGUGUUUCCCAGGAGUGAGAAGUACCCGGUCUUCUAUCAUAAAGAAAACAGCUCAGCCAUUUACAUCGGGGGAGAGGGAAAGCUUUAUUACUACGACUUCGCAACCUAUGAGGACUACACGGAAGACUUCCCAGUGAAAAAUGAAGGACAGUGCAUGAUGCCUGGGAGUUUGGAGGACAAUAAAAAUUACCUCACGUUAGUGGAGAAGUACGGAGACGGGAUGUUAGUGUGUGGGACCGGCGCCUGCGCUCCCACCUGCUGGAACUUGACGCAGAGAAAGGAGAGCGCUCCGUGGGAUGGGAGAGGCAUUGCUCCUUUCACCCCUGACUCGAACACCCUCGUCGUCGUCGAUGGUCACGACAUCUACUCCACCAUCAAGAAGAGCCAGCAGAACGGCAAGAUACCCCGUUUCCGUCGAGUGAGAGGGGGUGGAGAGCUCUACACAAGUGACACGGUGAUGCAGAACCCUCAGUUUGUCAAAGCCACCACAUUAAAGCACGAAGAGCCCUACCAGGACAAGAUUUACUACUUCUUCCGAGAAGACAACCCGGAUAAGAGCCCCGAGGCCCCGAGAAACAUCUCCCGAGUGGCCCAGCUGUGUAAGGAAGAUAAAGGGGGAACCAGUUCACUCUCUGCUUCCAAGUGGACCACCUUCCUGAAGGCCAGCUUGAUCUGUGUCGACCCGGUCACCAAGGGCAACUUCAACUGGUUGCAAGAUGUCUUCUUUGUCCCUGCGAGUAACUGGCGGCACUCCAAAGUCUACGGGCUCUUCACAAACACCUGGGGAAGCUCUGCUGUUUGCGUCUAUUCCUUUGGGGACAUUGACAACGUCUUUCGGACCUCCAAACUCAAAGGCUACAGUGGUCCCAAUCCAGAGAUCAAGCCUGGGCAGUGCGUUUCCUCGGGACAGCACACCCCGAGCGAGACCUUCAAGAUCGCCGACAGCCACCCGGAGGUGGAGGCCCGGGUGGAGCCCCUCUCCCCCACCAAGAGCCCCUUAUUCCACAACAAGCACCGCUACCAGAAGAUCGGGGUGCACGAGGUCUCUGCGGGCGACGGACGCCGCUACAACGUGCUUUACUUGGCAACAGACAAGGGAUCCAUCCACAAGAUCGUGGAGCUGCCGGACGGCGUGCAGAACAUCAUGGAGCUCCAGGUCUUCCCAAAGAAGGACCCGAUCCAGUCCAUGAUCCUGGAUCACAAGAGGGCGAUGCUGUACGUCGGCUCAACAGAUAAAGUCAUGGAGGUACCCAUGGACAUGUGCAGGGUGUAUCGCAACAACUGCGACAGCUGCUUGCUGGCGAGGGACCCGUACUGCGGGUGGCUCAAUGGGACAUGUCAGUCGGUUUAUCUCAACCGGGAGGUGCAUCAGAACCUGAACCUGGACCCGUGGAGAGGAAAAUGCCAAAAUGGGGACGUGAAGGAAGAUGACUAUCAGAACAUCACAGUUGUCCCUUUCUCCCGCUACUACCUCAACUGCCCCAUCGAGUCCCACUAUGCCACCUACAACUGGUACCACAACGACAGCCUCAUCAAGACCUGCAACACCACCCACCCGCAGCAGGACUGCUUCCACUUCAUCCAGAACGUCAGCCACGUUCACUACGGCCACUACGUCUGCGUCUCGGAGGAGGACGGCUUCAGGCAGGCUCUGGUGAAGGAGCGCCUGGUCAACCAACUCCGGUUCAUGUCCCAGAAGGGCCAGGCCACCGUGACGUUUGGCUCUUGGCUCCAGCUGCUCCUGAUGGGGGUGUUGGUGGAGCUCUUCCACUGAACGCGACCGGACCGUGCUCCCGCCAUCCUGGCUGCUGCCGCCGCUCUCCCUGCGCUCGCUGUCCAUUCCCGAGGCGAGAUCCUCCUUCUCUUAGUCACUUCUUGGACAUUAAUCUUUGACUGUCCCAAAAGGGGACCCCGGGCAGCAACCCCUCCAUCUUCGGCCUUGGUGGAAGAGUCAUGGCGAGGAAGAUGCGCGACGGCGGGGCCAGGCGGAGCGGGGUUUGGGGACAGGGAGGGGAGGGGGUACCCUAAAACGAAUGCGGGGGGACGUUCGCAGCACCCAGCAGCGUGAAGGGGAGUGGUGUCAGCCUCCCCCCGAGCCCGCGCUGGUGGCUCUGUACUGGUUAUCGUCCUGAGCCUACGCGGGGUGCGGCCGUUCAGGGGACUUCUGCCGAUGUGCAUGCACUGAUCCUCAGGGCACGAUGACUCCUCUCUUUGGGAACGUGCAUGUGAUGAAGAGGAGGAGCCAGCCCUCGGCCUUUCGAACUGGUUGCUCUGUGCUUCGCUCCGAGCGGGGACUGAUGCCUCCCAAGUUUCUAGUGGCUAGUGUCUGUUUGGGUUGGCGAGCAGCUGGAACGCUCCCAAUGUCACAUGUGAGUCCCCUUCUGGUCUGGAGAAUUGGGCUCUGGAAGGGUUUUAACGGUUUGGUUUAUUUUUUGGGUUGGUUUUUUUUUUUUUUUUUUUUUUUGCAGCUGGCUUUGACAUGGGAGGGAGAUCGGGAACUAGCGCUGGAAACCUGCAAGGCAAAGGCAGGCACAAAGUUAGCAUUUUGCAUGGAAAAGCCUCGGAAGAUGACUAGAUUUGGGGUGUGGGGAAGGACAGACCGAAGGGGACACGAAGGGAAGGUGGAAGCAGAGCCCAAACCAAACCCGGGAGGCCCUGGGAAGACGUUUUAAACGCACAAAUCCUCUGCAGGCAGCUAAGGGCAUUUAUUUGUGGGCAGCAGGCAGCCCCUGCUCCCCAGCACCUCUCCUCCAGGAGAGGGACCGGGCUUCCUCAGGGAACGAGGCGGCAGGGUGCUGAUCUCAGGGCGAUGCCGACAGGCUCGGGGAGGGGGGGGGGGGGGGGGGGGGCUGUGGCCGUCCCCAGCACCCAGAGCAGAUCUGCCCCUCUCCCUCGCGGUGAGGGGACAGGGGAGGAGCAGGGUUUGCUUCCCUUGGGCUUUGAGGUCUCCGAGCGAGACUAAACUGUGAAAAAGGGGGUGUUCUCCCUGCUCCUGUGGGCAAGGGGCGAUCCCACACCUUGUCCAAACCUUUCCCAGCCCUCUCCUCGGCCGGAACGCCCCAGCCUUGGGCCGGGGUGUCGUAUCUCAUGCUUCCAAUAACCUGUCACAGCAGCACAGCCCCUGCUUCAUACCCGCUCGGAGACACUCAGGGGUGCCCGAGGGGUCUUUUUGACAAGGGGGAGAGAUGCCCUGUGCCUCUCGUGACCGCAGGCGAUGGACAACGGGCCAGAGCUUCCUACUGCACUACAUUUCCAAGAUACCCUCCCCGAAUCUAGGAUAGAGCUUCUUACAUCCCUUCUCAAAGCACUUUAACUUUGUGAACUAACAAAUACCUAUUUAUUAUCAACUGGUGAUUACAGUACUUGUAUAAUUUUAUAAUAUUAUAAAAGGUGGGUUCAAAUUAGAGAAGAGAAAAGACAAACACCGCAACAGCUACCAAAAAAAAACCUUUCAGAGCUGUCACCAAAGUGAGAAUGUGAGCGUUGAAAUAAAGAACGGAAAAGAG